GCGUCCGCCAUCUUGGUUUCGGGAAGCUGUUACUGCGCCUGCGCCUCAGGCUGUCCUCACCACGCAUGCGCGAUACGCACGUGUCCGGCAGUGAGCUCCGGGGCCAGACGCUGAGGAGGAGAGGAGUCCGGGCCAUGCUGGGCUCAUCCUGAGAAUAAGCCCCCGUGUUGGUUACACGCCCCGUCACCAUGGGCCUCACCAAGCAGUAUCUCCGCUACACCGCCGCUGCUGUGUUUGGGGUGGUCGCCAGCCAGAAGGCCAACGUGCGCUAUGUCACCCUGCGAGGAGAGAAGGGGCGCUACGUGGCUGUAGCCGCCUGUGAGCACAUCUUCAUCUGGGACACCCGCAAGGGCGAGAAGGUCCUCAUUCUGCACGGCCAGAAGCACGAGGUGACGCAGCUGUGCCCCUCCCCCGAUGGGCUCUCAUUGGCUGUGGGAUACGAAGAUGGGUCUAUACGCGUUUUCAGUAUCCUGAGCGGGGAGAGCGGCAUCACGUUCAACGGACACAAAGCAGCGGUGACUGCGCUAAGCUACGACCACCUGGGAGGCCGACUUGUGUCUGGGUCCAAGGACACUAAUGUCAUUGUAUGGGAUGUCAUCAAUGAGAGCGGCUUGUACCGGCUGAAGGGGCACAAAGAUGGCGUCACACAGGCCGUGUUCCUGAAGGAGAAGAAUCUUCUGGUCACCAGUGGUAAGGACACGCUGGUGAAGUGGUGGGACCUGGACACACAGCACUGCUUCCAGACCAUGGUGGGACAUCGCACAGAGGUCUGGGGUCUGACUGUUCUGUCCGAUGAAAGCCGAAUUCUGACCGGUUCAGCAGACAGUGAACUGCGUGCCUGGAACAUCUCGUAUGCAAAUGAGGACCAACCGCCUGAGGAACCGCGCAUGAAGAAGCCUAAAGGUCCCACAGACGCGGCAGAGGACGGCGUGGAGGAGGAGGUGGCGGCUGAGGAGCGUAUCCUGACCUGUCACCGCUAUGGUUCCAUCAUGCGCGAUGGGCGGGACAGAGUGGUGACUCUGGCUACGGACCGGACCAGGCGGUUCCUGGCUUGUCAUGGCCCUGAUUCCAUCUUGGAAAUCUUCUGUGUCCUGAAUGAGGAUGAGAUCAGCAAGAAGAUGGAGAAGAAGCUGAAAAGAGCCAAGAAGAGAAACAAGCAGCAGGGUGCAGAGGAUCAGGGGGAGCCUGUGGUGGAAAGGACCCUACAAGAUGAAAUCCAGAAACUCGCUAACGUUAAGGCCUCAUCCAAAAUCAAAUCAUGUGACCUGCUCAUUUCCGCCAAGGGGGAGCUGAGGGCAGUGGUGCUGCUUCAGAAUAACAGCGUGGAGUGUUUCUCUCUUCCCGCUGACCCGUCACACACCGGGGCCAUCGAGUCUAACAAGAGCUCCCAGCUCACCCUCGGGGGGCACCGCAGCGACGUCCGGACAUUGGCCUUCAGCUCGGACAACAUCGCGAUGCUGUCGGCAUCUGCAGAGUCGGUGAAGAUCUGGAACAGGUCCACGCUGCAGUGUAUCCGGACCAUGAGCUGUCAGUAUGCCCUCUGCUCCCUCUUUGUCCCGGGAGACAGACAUGUCAUAGUAGGAACAAAGUCCGGGAAGCUGCAGCUGUUCGAUUUGGCCUCGGGGAGCGAGCUGGAUACGGUGAACGCUCAUGACGGGGCCCUGUGGUCCAUCUCUGUGUCACCUGACCAGAGGGGGUUCUCCACCGGGGGCGCCGAUAAGUCUGUGAGGUUCUGGGAGUUUGAGCUGGUGACUGAUGACGCAGAUGCUCAGAGCAGCCGGCGCCUCUCCGUCAAGGAGACACGCAUGUUACAGAUGGACGAGGACGUGUUAUGCGUGCGCCACAGUCCAGACAGUCGCCUUCUGGCCGCGUCCUUGUUGGACUGUACGGUGAAAAUCUUCUUUGUUGAUACCCUCAAGUUCUUCCUCUCUCUGUACGGACACAAGCUGCCGGUCCUGUGUAUGGACAUCUCACAUGACAGCUCCAUUAUAGUCACCGGCUCAGCCGACCGCAACAUCAAGAUCUGGGGCCUGGACUUCGGUGACUGUCACCGCUCUCUCUUUGCGCACGAUGACAGCGUCAUGUUCCUGCAGUUUGUGCCCAAGACGCACCUGUUAUUUAGCGGGGGGAAAGACCGGAAGGUGAAGCAGUGGGACGCAGACCGCUUCCAGCAAAUUCAAACCCUUGAGGGACACCACGGAGAGGUGUGGUGCUUGGCGGUCAGUCCCAGCGGCGACCAUGUUGUGUCGUCAUCACAUGACAAGUCCCUGCGGCUGUGGGAAAGAACGAGGGAACCGCUCAUUCUGGAAGAGGAGCAAGAAAUGCAACGUGAGGCCGCGUACGAGGAGAGCGUGGGUAAAGGAGGGCAGCCGGUGGUGGCUGGAGAGAAGGAGGGGGAGACGGGCCUGGCUGGGAAGAAGACCAUAGAGACUGUGAAAGCUACGGAGCGCAUUAUGGAGGCCAUUGAGCUCCACCGAGAAGAGAGCGUCAAAUUGGAGGAGCAUCAGGCGCUGUGCAGAGCUGCGGGGAAAGAGCUCCCGCGGAAGGUUCACCCCAUCCUGCAGGCGUGCGGGAACAUACCGUCCGCGGAUUAUGUUCUGGACAUAAUAAAGAAGGUGAAGUCCAGCGAGCUGGAGGAGUCUCUCCUGGUUCUCCCGUUCUCCUACGUCCCAGAUCUGCUCGCUCUCUUCAGGGACUACAUCCGCAGCAGCCAGAACGUGGAGCUGAUCUGUCGCUGCCUUUUCUUCCUGCUCAGGAUUCAUUUUGGGCAAAUCACCAGUAACCAGAUGCUCCUGGGGGUCAUUGAAGACCUGAAAAACUGCACCAUCUCCCGGGUGACGGAAGUUCAGGACGUGAUGGGAGUAAACAUGGCCGCCCUGCAGUUCUUAAAGCGAGAGAUUGAGGCCAAAGAGGAGGUUCUGUUCUUUGCGGACGCCACAGAGAGGUUCGAGGAGAAGAAGAGAAAGAGGAAAAAGAAGCAGAAGCUGCUGCUGACCGUCGUGUGAUGGUCCCCGUGUUCCAGUCCCUCUCCAUGGUCCCCUCCCCCACAGAUAAUGGAACACUCGGGCACAGAGAGCUGUGAUUGGUCUGAACUGUUGUCGUAGAGAUAAAAGGCAUCUUCUGUGUGAGGAGAGUGACUGGGCGUCUUCCCUUCACCUCAUAGCCGGGGGGGGGGGUCCUGUGUGUUGUGUACAGAGCUCCCAUCUCUUUUAAUAAAUGUUUUAUAUGAGA